UUGUCACACUCCGCAGAACUUUGCUUGCUUCGGGAACAGCGUGGAGCUUAAACUACCGCACAGGGGCAAACAGUUCUCAGGUCUCUCUACCGUCGCCUUUCCUCUCUCUCAUGGCGCAGAGCGCCUUCUCCGUCGCGACAACGCUCGCACUUUUCAAUCGUGGGGCAAAGCAAUGGGUCAAAGUAUUUCCCGUUAAUACAAGAAAAUUUGGGACCAAUUUGUCGGGGUUUGCAAGAAUUGGGAGGAGGGGAUUUCGCUUUGUUGCUUCUAACCGGGCUGGCAUGAGUGGAGGCACUGUGAUAUCCGAAGGUGAACGGAUGAAGAGGUUCUUCAAAUGGCCAGAAAAGCAGAAGCCAAGGGUGUGCAUACUAGGUGGUGGAUUUGGAGGUUUAUAUACUGCAUUGAGAUUAGAAUCCCUUGAAUGGCCUGAAGGAAAGAGACCUCAGGUGCUUCUCAUUGAUCAGUCUGAACGCUUUGUUUUUAAACCGUUGCUAUAUGAGCUUCUGUCAGGAGAAGUUGAUACAUGGGAAAUAGCUCCACGUUUCUCAGACUUGCUGGAAAACACCAGCAUUCAAUUUUUCCAAGAUAGGGUAAAAUUUUUGCAUCCCUGUGAUCAUUUUGGAGUGAGUCGGCCAGAGUAUAGUUCUGGAGGAACUAUUUAUCUUGAAAGCGGCCUCCAAAUAGAAUAUGACUGGUUGGUUCUUGCUUUGGGAGCUGAAGCUAAACUUGACCUCAUACCAGGAGCAGCUGAGUUAGCAGUGCCAUUCUCCACCCUGGAGGAUGCAUAUAAGGUUGAGAAGAAGCUAAGAGCAUUGGAGCACAAGUAUUUUGGUAAGGACUCCCUGAUUCGUGUGGCUGUUGUUGGUUGUGGUUACUCUGGAGUUGAGUUGGCUGCGACAAUAUCAGAGAGACUGCAGGAGAGAGGCAUAGUGCAAGCAAUUAAUGUGGAUACCACAAUCUGCCCAACUGCCCCACCUGGCAAUAGAGAAGCUGCUUUAAAAGUUCUUCAAUCGCGGAAUGUUCAGCUUCUGUUGGGUUACUUCGUUCGUUGUAUAAGAAAAGAAGGUGCAUCUGAAACUUCAGAGAACGCAACAGAUGCUCAGGCAGUCCAGGACAUUGCAGCAGGGCAUGGUCCUGGAAGACUUCUUUUGGAACUUCAGCCUUCUGAAAGGGGCUUACAAAGUCAAAUUCUAGAAGCAGAUUUAGUGUUAUGGACAGUUGGAUCUAAACCUUUGCUCCCAGAAGUUGAACCUUGUGAAAAGCCCAAUGACCUUCCCCUUAAUGCCAGGGGACAAGCAGAAACAGAUGAAACUCUUCGUGUCAAGGGCCAUCCCCGCAUAUUUGCAGUUGGUGAUUCCUCUGCUUUCAGGGAUUCCAAUGGAAGGCUUCUCCCAGCUACCGCACAGGUUGCUUUUCAGCAGGCGGACUUUGCUGGUUGGAAUCUAUGGGCUGCAAUCAAUGAUCGACCUUUAUUGCCUUUUAAGUAUCAAAAUUUAGGUGAGAUGAUGACUCUCGGGAGAAAUGAUGCUGCUAUUUCACCAAGUUUCAUUGAGGGGCUAACCUUGGAGGGGCCUCUUGGUCAUACUGCAAGGAAGAUAGCAUACUUGAUCAGGUUACCAACAGAUGAGCAUCGGCUUAAAGUUGGGAUCAGUUGGCUUACAAAGUCUGCUGUAGAUUCAGUUGCAUCUCUACACAGCACCAUAACCAAGGUUCUUUCAGGCUCUUGAAGCAUUUUGCUGCUCCUGCGGACCAGAUGCAGGUCUGCCUCCACAUAUGUUUGAUGCAUUUGCUAAUUGAAACUUUCAUGAAUUCCAAAAAGAAAUAUGCUUCCUACUAGUGGAUGAAUUUAAUUAUAUUUGCCAUGAUUUAUUUGGAGAAUUGCCAGAGAAGGGACCAUCGCGAUUCCUUGAGGACUUUAUAUUAUUACUACAAUGAUGAUUUCUCCUUGCAUUUCUUGUUGGGAAAA